AUUGGUUUGCCAUUUGGCGGAGCUCUGUUUAUAAGGAAACAUUUCGCUUGUUCUUCGCGUGCUUGUAAAUAUAUAUAUAUAUAUAUAUAUAUGUGUGUGUAUUCUGUAUCUAUGGGAGUUUGGGGCGGGGAAGAAGGGUAAAAACGAGAUUAAGCACUAAUUUUUAAAAAAAUACGAUAAUAGGGAGACGGGGGGAAAAGAACUGGGAGAGCUUUUGUGUAACAAGGACGUUUUUCCUCAUCUGUGUGUAACUGCAUAGAGAGGAGUCUGUAGAAUUGCAUUGAGGGCUUGCUGAGUGUCUGAAACAGGAGGAUAAAUAAAGGUGGGCGAUUUUAAAAAAAGACGAAACAAGAAGAGGAAAUAACUGUAUACAAAAUAAAAAAGGCUGUGGACUGCGGCACAGGGGUUAGCUAAGUGAAAUGUGAGAGAGUCAGUGGGGGGAAAAAGGAGUGUGUGAGUGAGAGAGACGAGUGCUGCCAGCGGCUGCAAAGUCCUCGCUAUUCGCCUAACCUUUUCGAAGGGAAAGUGCCUGGCAGUGAGAGGGAGAACUAGGUGGAGCUGCAUCCUGUUAGCCGAGGAAUGGAGUGAGGGAAUGAGGACACGGAGAUGUUGGAGUAAAGCAGCGAGACGUCCAGAGGCUCCAUCCAUCCCCAAUGGCAGCUCCUGAGGACAUCAUGCUGCACCUUCCACCACUGAAGGAGACUUGCUGCAGACAAUAAGCCACCGCCUUUGCCCAACUUGGACAAUUCUUCCCAGGAGAAGCCGAGAGAGACGGGAAAUGAAGCCGAGCUGUUAUUCGGGGUUGAUUUGAGGCUGGCGGUUCCUACCAGUGACUGCAUGAAUGGGGACUCGCUUUACCCUGCCUUUUCACUGUCUCUGAAUCAAGGUAGCCAGCAGAGCUCGCUUCCCGCAAGGAGAACUCAACCUAGCUGUGUGGUGUUCUGCAUUGAUUCUGAGGACAAUUUUGUUUCGGUGGCUAAGGAAAUCAUUUGAGGACUUGGGUACAGAUCAUUCUGCUUGGUCACUAGUUUCAAUCAAUUCAGAUUGAGGCAGCUGAUAUAAAGCCCAAGGUAUAGGAGGAAUGUCCAGUGGGAGCAGUUCCUGUGCCUCACCUGAAAACUCUUGCUACGCUUUUACUACUGGACUUUGUACAAUGACCAUGUGGACCCAGUGUUUCCUGACUAUACUCAUCAGUACAGCCACUGUAACAGCCUUUAGCCGAGCUCCAGUUCCAAUGGCUGUGAUUAGGAGGGAACUGUCCUGUGAAAGUUAUCCAAUUGAACUCCGCUGUCCAGGAACUGAUGUGAUUAUGAUUGAAAGUGCUAAUUAUGGAAGAACUGAUGACAGAAUCUGUGAUGCUGACCAAGCCCAGAUGGAGAAUAUUCGGUGCUUCCUACCAGAUGCCUAUAAGAUAAUGUCACAAAGAUGUAAUAAUCGUACCCAAUGCUCAGUUGUAGCUGGACCUGAUGUGUUUCCAGAUCCUUGCCCAGGAACUUACAAGUAUCUUGAAGUUCAGUAUGAGUGUGUUCCAUACAUUUUCUUAUGCCCUGGAACACUUAAAGCAGUUUAUCAAAUGGAUCACUUGUUUGAGUCUGAUCAUCAGUCAGGCGCCUGGUGCAAAGACCCUCUUCAAGCUUCUGACAAGGUCUACUAUAUGCCUUGGACCCCGUACAGAACAGAUACGUUAACCGAAUAUUCUUCAAUGGGGGAUUUUAUUGCUGGUCGACCAACCAUCACCUACAAGCUUCCUCACAGAGUGGAUGGAACAGGGUUCGUGGUGUAUGAUGGAGCACUAUUCUUCAAUAAAGAGCGAACAAGAAACAUUGUGAAGUUUGAUCUCAGGACAAGGAUCAAGAGUGGUGAGGCUAUCAUAGCGAAUGCCAAUUACCAUGACACAUCGCCUUAUCGAUGGGGAGGAAAGUCUGAUAUUGACCUUGCAGUGGAUGAAAAUGGUUUGUGGGUUAUCUACGCAACUGAACAGAACAAUGGUAAAAUAGUGGUUAGCCAAUUAAAUCCUUAUACAUUAAGGAUUGAGGGUACUUGGAAUACCGCUUAUGACAAGAGGUCAGCUUCAAACGCUUUUAUGAUAUGUGGGAUUCUCUAUGUGGUGAAAUCAGUCUAUGAAGAUGAUGACAAUGAAGCCACUGGAAAUAAAAUCGACUAUAUCUAUAACACUGAGCUGAGCAUGGAUGGAAAUGUUGAUGUAUUGUUUCCGAACUCCUACCAGUAUAUUGCAGCAGUGGAUUAUAACCCUCGCGACCAUAAACUGUAUGUGUGGAACAAUUACCAUGUUCUGAAGUAUUCACUGGAGUUUGGUCCACUCAAUGAAAACGAAUCAACAUCCUCAUCAUUUGUCAUGGAAGUUACAAAAAGUCCCAAUGUUAAGGUGACCACUACUAUAUCCACAACGACAAUAGUUUCAGGAAAGAGUAUCAAGACCACAACAACUCCAGCAUUGGAAAAUCCUCCAGUGAUUCAUGGGGCCACCACUAAAACACCAAAAGCAUCACAACUUCCUGCAGAGGGUGCUGAAUGUUGUGAAGCCACAGACAAACGUGACAUAUAUUGGCCCAAAACUCCACCAGGCGAGACGGCGAAAAGACAGUGUCCUCUGGGAACAAUAGGUAUAGCCACCUACUCAUGCUUAUCACCUGAAGGACUCUGGGAUCCAUUGGGUCCAGAUCUAAGUAACUGCAGUUCUCCAUGGAUAAACUUGCUGUCGAAAAGAGUUCGAUCUGGUGAGGCUGCUGCCAAUAUUGCUCGAGAACUUGCAGAGCAGACAAAAAGUCUGAUUCAUGCUGGUGAUAUUUUAUUCUCUGUCAAGCUCAUGGAACAAUUAGUGGAUUUGCUCAACAUGCAACUUCGUAACCUAACUCCAGGUGGAAAAGACAGUGCAGCUCGGAGCCUAAACAAGCUUCAGAAAAGAGAGCGCUCUUGCAGGGCCUACAUUCAGGCCAUGGUGGAGACAGUUAACAACCUCUUACAACCUCAAGCCUUGGAUGCAUGGAAGGACCUAAUGACAAGCGAUCAGCUGCGAGCAGCCACUAUGUUACUUGAUACGGUGGAGCAAGGCGCUUUUGUCCUUGCUGACAACCUGCUCAAGACAGACAGAGUCCGAGAAAACACUGAAAACAUAUUGUUAGAGGUUGCCCGCUUGAGUACAGAUGGAACAUCAGAAGAUUUGCAAUUUCCACAAAAUGGAAUAAAUGGGAACUCCAUCCAACUUUCUGCAAGUACUCUGAAAAAGAAUGGUCGUAAUGGUGAGAUAAGAGUGGCUUUUGUCCUCUACAAUAAUUUGGGAAGCUAUCUUUCUACAGAGAAUGCCAGCUUCAAGCUAGGAAGUGAGGCGAUGUCAACGAAUCAUACUGUUAUAGUCAACUCACAGGUCGUCUCUGCAGCAAUAAAUAAAGAAAGUAACCGAAUCUACUUGGCAGCGCCUGUCAUUUUUACCUUAAAGCAUCUUGAUCUCCAAAACAAUUUUAACCCUAAUUGCUCAUUCUGGAGCUACUCAAAGCGCACCAUGACAGGAUAUUGGUCGACACAGGGUUGCAGAAUGCUGGGUUCAAACAGGACACACACCACAUGUUCCUGUAAUCAUCUCACAAACUUUGCCGUCCUCAUGGCACACAAAGAUGUUAAGUUUAGUGACCCUGUCCACGAGCUGCUGUUGGAAGUUAUUACCUGGGUCGGAAUCCUGAUAUCACUUGUCUGUCUCCUGAUCUGCAUCUUCACCUUUUGUUUCUUUCACGGACUUCAGAGUGAUCGAAACACCAUUCACAAAAAUCUUUGCAUCAGUCUUUUUGUGGCUGAAUUGCUUUUCCUAAUCGGAAUCAAUCGUACAGAUCAACCGAUCGCUUGUGCGGUAUUUGCUGCUUUGCUUCACUUUUUUUUCCUGGCUGCAUUCACAUGGAUGUUCCUGGAGGGCGUUCAGCUCUACAUUAUGUUAGUGGAGGUCUUUGAAAGUGAGCACUCCCGCAAAAAAUACUUUUAUCUGGUUGGAUAUGGUGUACCUGCACUUAUUGUUGCUGUUUCAGCUGCUGUGGAUUACCGGAGUUAUGGAACAACAACAGCAUGUUGGUUGAGGCUCGACACCUACUUCAUUUGGAGCUUUAUAGGUCCUGCAACCUUGAUUAUUAUGUUAAAUGUGAUAUUUCUUGGGAUUGCUCUUUACAAGAUGUUCCAUCAUACAACUGUGUUGAAGCCAGAAUCUAGCUGUUUGGACAAUAUCAAAUCAUGGGUCAUAGGGGCCAUAGCUCUCCUUUGCCUCCUUGGACUAACUUGGGCUUUUGGACUUAUGUUCAUUAAUGAAAGCACUGUUAUCAUGGCAUAUCUCUUCACCAUUUUCAACUCACUGCAGGGAAUGUUUAUAUUCAUUUUCCACUGUGUCCUCCAGAAGAAGGUGAGAAAAGAAUAUGGCAAAUGCUUUCGUGCCCACUGCUGCAGUAAAAGAAGCACAGAAAGCUCCCUCGGUUCAGCAAAAACAUCUGGUGCUCGAACUCCUGGGCGAUAUUCCACAGGCUCUCAAAGCCGAAUUCGAAGGAUGUGGAAUGACACGGUUCGAAAACAGUCUGAAUCUUCCUUUAUCACAGGAGAUAUCAACAGCUCAGCAUCGCUGAACAGAGAGGUGUUGCUGAACAAUGCGAGGGAUACAAGUGUCAUGGAUACUCUACCACUGAAUGGUAACCAUGGCAACAGCUACAGUAUUGCCAGUGGAGAAUACCUGAGUGAUUGUGUGCAAAUUAUUGACCGUGGGUACAACCACAAUGAAACGGCCUUAGAGAAAAAGAUCCUGAAAGAACUCACGUCCAACUACAUCCCUUCCUAUCUGAACAACCACGAGCGCUCCAACGAACAGAACAGGAACCUCAUGAACAAAUUAGUGAACAACAUCGGAAACAGCAGUGAAGACGAUGCAGUCGUUCUCGAUGAUGCUACUUCAUUUAACCACGAAGAAAGCCUAGGACUGGAACUCAUUAGAGAGGAGUCAGAUGCCCCCUUGUUGCCACAAAGGGCGCAUUCAGUAGAGAACCAUCAGGCCCAUCAGUAUCCCAACCGAAGACGGAUCCCUCAAGAUCACAGUGAGAGCUUUUUUCCUUUGCUAACCAAUGAGCACACAGAAGAACUGCAGUCACCCAACAGGGAUUCUCUGUAUACCAGCAUGCCUGCUUUGGCAGGUGUGCCCUUGGCAGAUGGUAGUGCUGCUCAGACCCAAAGCGCUCCUCCAGCAACUAAAAGUAGUGACGGUGAUGAUGUGUAUUAUAAAAGUAUGCCGAAUCUGGGCUCCAGGAACCAUGAACAGCAACUUCAUACUUACUACCAGCUAGGACGUGGAAGCAGUGAUGGAUUUAUUGUUCCUCCCAAUAAAGAAGGUUCCUCACCUGAAGGGAAUUCAAAAGGACCAUCACACUUGGUCACUAGUCUAUAGGGGCAAAGACUAACCUGGAUAACUGGUUCUGGUUGCCUGGAACCAAGUGAAACAAUGUGUGUCUGCUUGAAUCUAAAUGCUGUUGAUAAACUGCUGAACUACUUUGAAAAGUUUUUUAUUGAGACCCAACCUAGCAAGGCACUGCGUGGGAAGCAACUGAUAAGGAAAUAGUCUGUUUUAAGGCAAAAAAAAUAAAAAUAUUACUGAACUGAUUGAGAGGGUUGGACACGUAUGUUGAAACGACAUUCAGUUUUGCUUCCUUCAAUAAUGCUAUGUUUUUAGCCUUUUUUCUCUAGUGUCUAUUUUCUUGAGGACUUCUAACUGAGGCUUGGUGUAAGUCAGUGCCAGCUAUACUGGUGCAAGGGUAUGGAUUGCUUUCUUUUUUUCUUGUUUUUAUUACCACUGUAUAUCAGUCGUGGCUCUCUCUCACAACUUAGAUGCUGCAGUUUAUCAAGCUGCAGAAUUCCUACAAUCAUAAAGGAAACCUCUCCAAUCUCCAAGAAAGGGAAUUAUUCAAAUUAUAUGCUAGAUACAUACUUUAUGUUUCGCUGUAAUGAUUCUGGUUAUAAAACUAAUGACAAGAGAAUUUUGAACUAUUUCUAUGUACAGACACUCAACAUUGCACAUAUAUUGUAGUAUGCUUUUUUCCUCCAAACUUAUGUCCCUGUUGAUGUAGUGAACAAGACAGUUUUUGUUGUGCUGGUCUUGCAAGUUUUGUCUUGCUAGUAGGAGCAGUGUUUUUUUCCAUAAGUCUUUACGUUGGGCUUCUUCCCCCAGACAGUUCCUCUGAAGAUCACAGUUUAUAAAGCUCAUUUUAUAGUGAGGUGAUCACAAAUACUAAGAAAAAAUGUUUUUUAAAAAACUGUUUUAGGUUUUUCUCACUGUGUACUUUGAAGUGAAGUCAUGUUUUUUGCCAGCAAGAAGAAAGAAUUAAGGAUUAGGAUUUACAGCAAGUACUUUUUGUUUACAAUGCACUAUGUUAUUCAUAAAUGUGAUCAGCAAUGAAAGUCCACAAAGGGAGCUAGGCACUCUUCUAGACACCAAGGAGUCUUGGUAGAAAAUAGUGGAACUCAUGCAUGUGGAAAAAUAAAAAGUAGAAGCAUUUUUGUGUUAAAUCUAGUCAAAGCACUAGGCACUUGUACCGUGGUGGUAAAAAAUAUUGACUUAUUAAAAUGAAAGUUAUUUUGAAGUGAAAAAAGAUGAACUCGAUCUUUUUUUCUUUCCUUCCCUCACAGGAAAUUUAUUUAUUUGACAAUUAGUUGAUGUAGGCAUCCCUUUAGUAAUGAUCUUAGCAGCACAAUUUGUCAUUCCUUUUUUUUUAAUUUAUGAUCCAUUU